AUGUGCAACGAGGGCGAUGUUGAUGAAGCUCUGAAUGUAUUGAGCAACUUGCCGUCCCAUGGAUGCAAACCUGAUGCUGUCACCUACACACCUGUGUUGAAGAGUUUGUGUGGCUCUGAACGGUGGAAGGAGGUUGAGGAGCUCUUCGCUGAGAUGUCCAGCAACAAAUGUGCCCCAGAUGAAGUGACAUUCAACACAAUAGUCACUUCUCUGUGUCAGCAAGGCUUAGUUGAUUGUGCAAUUAAAGUUGUUGAUCAUAUGUCAGAGCAUGGAUGCGUCCCUGAUAUUGUCACAUACAGCAGUAUUCUUGAUGGUUUGUGUGACGUAGGGCUUGUUGAUGAUGCGGUUGAGUUGUUAAGCAGACUGAAAUCAUAUGGGUGCAAACCUGAUACAAUUGCAUAUACCACUGUUUUGAAGGGCCUGUGCGGCAUAGAACAAUGGGAGCACGCUGAGGAGCUCAUGGCUGAUAUGGUCUGCAGUGAUUGUCCCCCUGAUGAAGUGACAUUCAACACAAUAAUUGCUUCUCUAUGUCAGAAAGGGUUGGUUGAUCGUGCAAUCAAAGUUGUUGAACAGAUGUCAGAGAAUGGUUGCAACCCUGAUAUUGUCACAUACAAUUGUAUUAUCGAUGGUUUGUGCAACGAAAGGUGUAUUGAUGACAUGGAAUUGUUGAGCAAUCUGCAGUCCUAUGGGUGCAAGCCUGAUAUAGUUACCUUCAACACUUUAUUGAAGGGUUUGUGUAGUGUUGACCGGUGGGAGGAUGCUGAGCAGCUCAUGGUUAAUAUGAUGCACAGUAAUUGUCCCCCUGACGAAAUGACAUUCAAUACAGCUGGAAAGACUCAGGUAGCCCUUGAGCUACUGAGUGGCAUGACAAAUGGUACUCCAGAUUUGAUUACUUAUAAUACCGUAAUUUCCAAUAUUACCAAGGCCAGGAAAAUGGAGGAAGCUCUUGAUUUGUUGCGUGUGAUGGUCUCUAAUGGCCUUUGCCCAGAUACGACUACAUACAAAUCUUUAGCAUAUGGUAUCUGUAGAGUAGAUGGAACUGACAGGGCAAUGAGAAUGCUCUGCAGAGUGCAAGAUAUGGGCUUCUCACCUGACACUACAUUCUAUAAUGAUAUUCUUCUUGGUUUUUGUCAAAAUUGGAGAGCAGAUCUCGUCAUUAAUUGCUUUGCUCAUAUGGUCUCCAGUGGCUGCAUGCCUGAUGAAUCAACCUACAUUAUACUCCUUGAGGCUCUUGCUUAUGAGUGUCUUUUGGAUGAGGCAAAACAACUUCUAGUCAACCUGUGUUCUCUAGGCGUUCUAGAUAAGAGCUUGAUUGAGGAAGAAAGCUACUAUUCAUAG